AUGGCGGAACCCAUAGAACUGCUAUUUUUCGAUACUUUUGCUCACGAUAACACAGAAGAACUGAAUUUGGAUUUAGUUCAGUUUCCCAAGCCGGUAUAUGUUACUGAAGUAAGAAUAAUACCUUUGGGUGCCAGAGUGCAAGCAGAUUUCCCUGGGGGUGUACGACUGGGGGCUACUAACCCCAGUCAGUUUCACAUUGAGUUUUUUGUUAAUGAUUUAGGAAAACCGGGCGCAAGCACGUUUGAAACCCUUGGCGGGUUUGAGUAUGAUCAAAAUGGAUGUAUUAACUUGGAUUGUAUACCUGAGGAGACUGUUAGGAAGAUACCUACUGAUGGAUUGGUUUUAAGAGGUUGGUACACUACAAUAACUCUUGCAGUGUAUGGUACUCUGACUAAUAACAUAACAGAGCAAAUUAUUCAGCCUGUGCAAAACCCAUCGUUGGCACAGCAAGCAAAUACAAUUGCUGAUGCCCAACAAAUUAUAUCUGGAACUACCACCAUUGAAGCUGAUUGGCAGACAGACAGUGUACCAAGUGGUAGCAUAGAGUAUGGAAGUAAUACUCCUGCUACUCCAUAUCAAUCUUAUCCUCAACAGCCUGAAGGGUACGCUCAGGAGUUUGGAGAAUAUUAUGGGGGAGAUGUGCCCAAAGAUCCAAGGAGCUACCAUCAUACUCCUGAUCAGGAUUGGGAUAGUAAGGGGAGGAGCAGGGAUGAGGAUAGGGAUAGAGAAAGGGAUAGGGACAGAGACAGGGGCAGAGAUAACUAUCAAAAAGGAGAUAGAGACCAUAUCGAUCGAAGAGACAGAGAUCGGGACCGCGAAAAGAGAUAUUCUAGAUCUGAAAGUAGGGAUAGGGAAAGAGAUAGGCCAUCAAGGGACUUUGUAAGGGACAGGGACCACAACAGAGACUGGCAGGAACCUGAUUACAGAGAUAGGCAGGAUCAUGACUGGGACAGGGGCAGAGAUAGAGAUAGAGAACAUGACAGGGAUAGAGAAAGAUCCUACAAACAUGAUGAUGGUUACAGAAGAUCCUAUGCUAGAGAUGACAGAGAGGAACGAAAGCGGCCAAGAACUCCUCCCUCCCAGUCUCCCAAACGACCUCACACUCCUCCAAGUGACCACAAAGAGCCACUACCGCCAGAUGUUGAACCUCCAAUAGACGAAAAGCUUCCAAAGGAGGGCAAAGAAAUUCGCACGCCACCUCUGGAGGAAAACUCCAAUCAAAUGGACGUUGAAGAAUUCGAACCGAUCCUAAGUGACGAAGACAUUCUUGAUGAUCCCGAGCAGUACCAAGACGUGGAUUACGAUUACAGUUCGUACACGAAUAACGACGACAUUAUCAAGUUGUUCACGCCGGGAGUGACGGAGUUACAAAAGUACGAUACUCUGGGUAACUUCACUGUAACAGGCGACGCUAUAUCUAUGGAGGAGAGUUUUAAGACCGCCAUCGGUAUAGCAGACGAUUACUUUAAAUCCAGCAUCACCAAAUUCGUGUUGGAUAAAUUCGUACAACUAAACACCGAGAUAAAGGAAGAAUUCAUACACCAAUGCGAAAAGUUAAUCGGCACGAUCGGAUCUCCAAGCAUUUUCAUCGAUAUUGUUGGUUUCCACGUGAGAACUAAAGAUAUAAAUCAAUCAAGUCUGCCGGAUGAAGAAAAGGAAGUGGUCAACCAAGUGCAGUACAUAAUAAAAACGUUAAUCGAUUGGUUGCAAAUAGCGUUGGACUACGAAAUGGCGAAUGCUCAGGAUCAAGCCGUGUACAAAAUAAGGCACAUCAAGUGCGGUGUCAGGCUGGCCGAUUGGUGCGCGCACAGCGAGGACUUCCUGAAGAUAUUGUGGCAGAACAAAAUCAACAUCCACGAUCUCCUAUUGAAUUUGUACGAUCAAGAGUUCAUGGCGUUGUCGAUUAAGUUGAUGGUGCUGAAAGCGCUCGACACUUCGCUGACGAGCAAAUUUUCCAUCGAUAAAUUUCUCAUGGGCGAAAACUUGGAUGGACCGCAAGAAAACGGGCACUACGACUGCAUACCGGUAUCGGAAUCGAACGGUUACCGGAUUCUUGUGACGUACGUGCAAAAAAAUCCCCUGGUAAGGCUCAAAUUUGCCUUGAAUUCGCUACUGAAAAAGUUAAAUCUAUACGAGAUUCUGCACAAGAUGCACUGCAUUCUAUUAAAAUUGCGAAAUAUUAAGAACGACAUAUCCGCCGUGGAAAUCAACUUGAUAACGAAAAUUCUAAACCAAACCCUGCAAUUCUGCCACAGUGGUUCGUUCGCGCUGUCGCAGCCGAAACGAUUUUUACCCGUCAGCACCCAAUUUGAAGUUGGCAGACCCGAAACAGACAACGUUUUCGUCGUGUACUUCAAAAUGUUCGAUUUAUUGCAGUGUUUCUUACUUCUCCUCGCACACCCCAACACUCUGAAUCUCCCCGCGAUCAAGACGCCAAUAUUCGAAAUCAUUUCCCACCUACUGGACUCCCCGGAGGGCUUAGACUAUUUGGCCACAAACUCCAAAACCGUAAACGUUCUUCUCAAGUGCCUUUUGAAGAACGACGAAGAGUUGCAAUACGCUUUGGCAGAUCAGAGUUGCGAUACAAAAUCUCAUCGUUUGGGUCUGAAUAUUGCCUACAAAAUCCGAGCGCUGUACCACGUAAACUGCCUCUUGCACAUUGGCAAGAAAUUCGCGUACGACUGCGAUGUUUUUGAAGUUCUCGAUGAACUUCACGCGCUUCUUUGUCUUUCGUUUUCUCCUGUUGGUAGACAGAGUAUUGCUUCAGUGUUGGGCAUGGGCGAUAAUGUUAGAUCGUUGCUGCAGUUUUUGGACGUGUUAACUGUUAAAGAGAAGCUUGAUGGGUAUUUGGCUAAAUUGAAGAGGUCAUCGGGGAUAGCCUAUAUUGUAGAUUUGAUUUCCAUAGCUGUUAUAGCUAAAUCUAAUAUUGGGUUAAUGGAGAAGUAUUCCAGAGCUAUUUUGCAAGUUGUGAAUCAACAAGAUUUGUUUGAGGAGAACAUUUCAGCUAAACUCAACGAAAUAAGGCUUUAUUUAAGUCCAUUCGAGAAUAUUACCAAUGUUUCUUAUGACAAUAUAAGUCCAUAUGUUGAUAAUAUAGAAAAACUUUUGGAGAAUGUAACGUUUUUCCCGGGAUCUCUUAUAACAAGUCUAAGGGUCAUUGAACAUCUUGGUAUAUCAAAAAAUACGAACAAAAGUCCGGUUUUAUCAGAGAAUCCUUUCGGAAAUUAUGUGGAACUCAAAUACAAGCAUGUUAUAUUGCAACUGUUCUCAUUGGACGGCCUCUUAAUAUUGACUAAACUCUUACAGAAAAUAUGUAGUCAUUAUGAGCAACCAAACUUAUUUACGGCCACUUUUUCCUCAAACCACGGGAUGCAGAUAAUCAGUAUCGUACAACCCACUAUUAGGUUAAUAAGGGAGAUGCUUUCCUAUGUUGUACAAUGCCAGAAUGUAAACUUUAAGGAUUUAACAGCCAUUCCAACAUUACUGCAAACCUACAACCUACUGAAUUGUUUCCCGCCCACCGCAUCUGGAUAUCAUAAUGCCCAAGAAAUAAAAACGGAAAUAGUUAAUACUUUAUUGGUAUACACACAGCCCAUAUCUGAUCAAAUGCACGAAAAGGACUCGCUAAACAAGUCACUGUGGACACAAAUGUGCGGCGAAGUAAUAAAAUUCAUAACUUCCGCACCCUACAAUUUCAUAUCCGGUCUAUUGGUGUUCUCAGAACUCCUACCUUUACCGCUACCCAUUCAAACUAUAGACGAUCUUGCAACCGAAGAAAUCAACUGGGCCAUAAACCUGCGCAAGUUGUGGUCUGCGCAUCUGCAUCUGCACAGCAACGCCAUACAGGAAAUGCUGCGCCAACUAUGCAUUUCGACGCAGCCGCAACUACUAAAUUUGCUUAGAAGGAUAUGCGCACAGUUGGCCGAUUUGGCGGCGAACUCGGCCACUAUGAUCGCGCGUGGUAUAUUGGACAGCGUGUACGAAGCACUCAUACCCAAAGAAGACAUGAAAAUGGGGCCAUGUAACAGUCAUGUAGCUAGACUGUUGAAUUUCCUUGCAUGUCUUGUCACGCAGAAUACAAUCAAAUGCGCAACGUUGCAUUUGAUACAGACCAAUUGCGCGGUUGCCUCUAAGCCCGAGGAGAAGUACGCAGGGCUUAUACCGGCAUUCGCUCAGGUUUUAAAGAACAAUUGCAACACGAAUAGCCACAUACAAGCGCAGGAGUGUAUUCUGAGUAUCAUACAAAGUUUUUGCGAUAUUGAGCUGACGUUGUUACAAAGUGAGAUUACUUCGGAUGUGUACUUGGCUAACGCUAUACCCAUUAAAGAACACUUGCUAAGUUACAUUACUAUGAUGGUUGAACAUUUGGGCACCGACAAUUCUUUUGUGACCUAUUUACCCUUGGUGAGGACGUUAUUGCUUUUAACCGAGCACAAUUACGGAUUUUAUCAUUUGAGAGAGCAGUUGUUGAAAAGAAACGAUAUUUUUUCUUUAGUUUUAAAUAAGUUGGCAAUUAGUUUUUCUGCUAAUAACGCGGAGUGUUUAUCUACUUUAAAUACUUUGGUGGAGUUUUUAAGAGUUUGUGCCACAACUGACGAUGACAGCGAAAAUUCCGCUUACACGCCAAGGACUAUUAAGAUUACUCCUGAGGAAAUCAAGGACCUGAUUGGUUGGAAUGAUGAAGAAAAUGCUGACAGGCAUCCUUUGAACAUAAUAGCGGAAAAACUAAAGAAGACAACAGAAGAAGACAACACGUUUGAAACCCUAUUGGAAAGUGUAUCGAUGUUGCUGAAAGUUCUGGAAACAAAUUCUUCAGAACUCCCAAAAGAAAAUUACACAGAAAUGAUUUUGCCAGCCCCCGAAACGCUUUUGUCGCAAUUCGCCAAAAGGACGAUCUACAGUUCAUCAGACGCUUGCGACGAACGUUUAACUGCCAGUUUUUGGUUGGCAGGACCUGCAGAAGAAGCUGAAACCGGAAUGGAAAAUGUUACCUGCGAUCUUCUGGAAAUAUGCCGACAAAAUUUACCGACUGAUUACAACAUCAUUAAAGAAGUGGAAAAGUUAUGUCAAAUUUCAAGAAUUGAAACGCAUGAUAUUAAAGAAGAGCGCAGCGAUGAAUUGAAAAGGAAGACUAAAAAGACUCUCAUUGCACCAGUGAGGGCAAGAGGUUUUACCAGGGCAGUACAACAAAGGCCAGAUUUGUUCAGAUCGAGACCUCCAAAUACUUCCAGGCCUCCAUCGCUCCACGUCGAUGAUUUUGUGGCACUGGAGACUUGUGGCGCGCAACCUACUGGGCCUACAGGUUACAAUAAAAUCAGUAGGGAGCUUUUGGCUUCUACAAGAAUAUCCAGAGGAUCGCGAGGAAGAUCCUUUGGUAGUUCAGAGAGAUCGGUUCAGUACAGACAAAUGUCCUGGUGGGGAGGAAUGGGAAGAGGUCCAUAUUAA